GAUUCUCGCUCAUUUCAAACUUCAGACUGGACAUUAAAACGUGCUCAGCCUUUACAAAAUCCAUCCUACAGCGCUACCAUGCCCCUCGAGCAAUGAUCAAGAGGUCUGCCAAGUCAGUUAUCGCUGAAAGCUACGCAAUGGCGCGCGGAGCACCAAAUGGGUCUCUCCUGGACCAUCAAUCUUUAUCGCGGACUAUUACAGGAUUGCGGCGAUGGUCUAUCAUUAACAGAGAGUUGCCGGCUACGCCACAGGUGAGGGCGAUUCACGUUUACGACUUCGACAACACAUUAUUCUUAAGUCCGCUUCCAAACCCACAGCUAUGGAACGGCCCGAGUAUCGGAUUUCUACAAGCCUACGAGAGCUUUGCGAAUGGAGGAUGGUGGCACGACCCGAAUCUUCUGUCUGCUACCGGUGACGGCAUAGAGAAGGAAGAGCCUCGCGCCUGGAAGGGUUGGUGGAACGAACGGAUUGUGCAAUUAGUGGAGCUGAGCAUGAAGCAGAAAGAUGCGCUUACGGUGCUCUUGACUGGCCGGUCUGAAGCCGGAUUUUCGGACAUCGUCAAGCGCAUUAUCGAUAGCAGGCAUCUCGAGUUUGAUAUCAUAUGCCUGAAGCCUGAGGUCGGGCCCAACGGCCAGCGGUUUCCAUCGACUAUGGAUUUCAAGCAGAAUUUCCUUUCAGAUGUUGUUCUCACCUAUACACAGGCCGACGAGAUUCGUGUCUACGAAGAUCGUCCAAAGCAUGUCAAGGGAUUUCGGGACUUCUUCGAGACGAUGAACCGGAACUUCCAGACCAUGAGCGGCCCUGAUUCACGAAAGCCAAUUAACGCAGAGGUUAUCCAGGUAGCUGAAGGGUCUGCGUACCUGUCCCCCGUAAUUGAAGCUGCCGAAGUGCAGCGAAUGAUCAACUCGCAUAACGUUGCUACCCGCAACCCGGCGCUGAAUGUGACCAAAUCGCCUUAUGGUCGGCUAAGCAUCAAGCGUACCACUUACUUCACUGGCUAUCUUAUCACAAAUACGGAUUCCGACCGCCUAAUCAGACAGAUCUUGAACCCGUUGCUGCCCCACGGGCUUUCUGACUCAAAUGACCUGAAGUAUAUGGCUAACAGUAUUUUGAUCACUCCACGGCCGGCGAGCCGGUCAAUUCUGGACAAAGUCGGUGGUAUCGGCAAAAAGCUGAGCUGGGUUGUUACCGGAACUGGCGUCUUUGAAAACAAAGUCUGGGCCGCCCGGCUGCAGCCAGUUCCUAGUACGGAAAAAUACCACACUGAGAACAGGGUUCCAUUUGUGGUUUUAGCAGUACGCAAAGGAGCUCGUCCUGUCGAUGCUUCAAAGAUUCAUAAUUGGCACCCCGUUCCCAGUGAUAAGGCUAUUGGCAUUGAGAGUGUGGUGGGCGAAAAGGUCGUCCUGCGCAUUGAAGAGGACGGUCAAGCCGAUGACCAGUUCAUGAACAGGUCUAGCAAGAGACGUAUCCAGCAGGAGCGGGACGAUGAUAUUCUCUACCCAGGUCAAAGUAACCCUGAAGGGCCACAGGGACGCCAGAACCACAAUCACCGCGGCAAUAACCGUCAUGCGCACGAUGAUGGGCAUCGUCGUGGAGGAUACCGCGGCCGUGGCCGUGGCGCCGGUCCGCGCGGCCGAGGAAAUUCCCGCGGAGGUGGCCGUGGUAGGACUCGCGGUCGUGAUACGGGCCAUCCGGCGUACUAUAAGUCCCUUGAUGACCAGUCUGGACAUGAAGCAAGUGGUGGCGGUUACGACGACAGACCAGGACAGAGUGUCAUGAACUAUUAGCUUCUCAAAUUGUAUUUGAAAUGUCAUAUUUGUCUCUUUGA